AGGUCUCUCCUCGCCUAGCUGGACCCUACCAAGCGCGCACACUUAUACCAGUGGAUCCGCAAAUAGUCUCCUCGCUUGGAGCGAGCCUCUCGUUGUGCUGCGCAAACAAACCGUGUACUAUUCUGGUCGUCGCCUAAUGUAUCAGUAGAGACGGGCGCAUCCUCGGGGAAUCAUCUGCCCCUCGGACCUUCAUCUCCACCUGGACACGAUUUCGUCAUCAACGUGAACAUCCACCAAGAUAGUGUCCAUGUAGACCGAGCCGAUUCUGACAAGCAAUCGAGAGUGUGGCACCUGACUCACGCGCGCCGCUAUUGACCUAGCCCAUAGAUUAUCAUAAAUAUUGCACAUUGCUAUGGUAACCGGGGGCUGAGGCAGCUUGUCAGUGGGCAAUGUCAUAAUGGACGAGACUCGACAACCCGCCAUGGAGAACCCAGCACGGCCACACCCGGUGAAAAGGCUGGAUAGCAAGGAGAACCCGUUUCUACCCGGUGGGAAUCUCAGCAAGGAAACCGACGACCUUUUGAAGCGCGCAACCAUCAUCCGAGACCAGUUCCUACUGGACGACGAGGCGAGACUUCUCGCCCAACAGGCUGCAGCGAAGGAGGACGCCACGCCGGUUCAUGAGGAACACACGACGCCGGUUCAUACAAGUCCUGUGGCCAAACCCAAGGAGAACGGUCAGUCGGGCGAGCCAGCCUCCCCUGGCUCAGUGCAUGUGGACAUGAACAAGGACACCCAAGCCUCACCAGGCUCGCCACAAACUCGCAAUGCCGUGCAAAAGGACAAGAAAAAGGGUAAUAAAUGCUGUACCGUGAUGUAGCACCCGCAUUCAUCCAUGUAUCGUGAUGGUAGUCUAUAUAAGCCGCCUGGACUGCACUGACAGACGAACGGACGAAGAUAUGGAGGGCCCGAGCUUCCAUUUCUACCCUAUGGACCUCCGCUAUUUUGUGUGCUCGGCUUAACUGACUCUGUGGUGGGUGGAUCGCCGCUCGCAACCACGUCCGUAGGAAAGACCGACUGACCAUUUCUAACACGGCAUGACCACGGUGGAUGAUCGUGGUCGAGCCACAUGCAUGUAUUUAUCUCAUGUGCAUCUGUCAUUUGUGUGUAACCUUACUCGGGACGCGCAUUGUUUUGUUAUCUUCUUGUGUACUGACUACCACAGGCGUGUGUGUCCUUGUGACGUCAGGACUCGCCACUGUCUGUACGCCCUGGCUGACUCAGUGUAGGCUCGAACCCGAAGAAGACGAAGAUGUCUGGUCCAGGAAGUUUGGUAACAUCGUGUAGAGACGCCCAGUGUGUAGAUCUGAGAACCAGAUAUGUAGGUACCUAUAAACAGAUGGGAUCCAGGUGUGUAGGUCAAGACAGCCAGGUGUGAUUCAGGUUUGUAGGUCAAGACAAUCAGGUGUGAUCCAGAAAUGUAGACAAGGAGGGCGUGGCGUGUACAGAGAGCGGCCGAUCGCUGUCACACACACAUGGCCUGAGAAAUCCUGAUCAUUAUACAUAAUAAUUUAUUAUUUAACAGCGUCUUGUAAGACGUGCAUUUUAGUGCAAACAUUGUUGAUGGCAUUUGCAAAAAAUAAGGACUGUCGUGAUAUGAGUACAAUGUGACAUGCUGAGGACCAUUCAGAACCAUCAUGCCUCUCCCGGUGUGGCAGUCACGUGAUCAGGAAUACAACCAGUACAAGGUUUUGAACGGGUGACAUCUGUCGUGCACCUGUGCCGGGUACUAGCCACAAGUCACUGGAGGACAUAAUAUUGAGGCUUUUUAUAUAUUAUCUUCAAAGGGUUGGGUUUGAAGAGGGUUUGGGUGGGUACGCUUGUAGAAUUGAAAAAUGCUUUUACGAUUUGUUUUGUAUUAUUUAUUUUUAGAAUUAAACAGCAAUUAAGUCAUCUUCAGAUUUAUUUGCAUAAAGAGUUUGACUGA